UACCUCCGGCAGCCCAGACACUCUGCGGCGGACUGGCUUCCCUCUGGAUGUUGUUUAGCCCGACCGGACAGUUAAAAAAAAUGGCGACUCUGGACCACCUUAAAUCGGUUAUUUCCAUCGGGAAUGUGGACCACACGUCGCUGGCUCUGCCGUCCAGUAACCAGUGCCGGUCCGGGCAGCAGCGGGUCCGGGAGCAGGUGGAGACCCUCCGGAGGAGCAAGACCCGGCUUUCCAGCAGCAGGAGCGCUUCCACUUCUCUAUCUCCGACAUCUCCUACCAUUGACUCCGUGUUCAUAGAGGCUCCAAAGUUAAACUCCAGCGCAUCUAAUGGAGGGUUCAUCUUUCCAAAUGGCUAUUCUAAAACUCACAGCCGAGAACCAAACUUCAGCCUGUAUUCAGUCAACAACAUACAGGGAGCCAGUGUGAAGAGGACUGCAGGCUCUACCUAUCAACAUGUGAGGUCUUUCGCCGGCAUCAGCUCCACUGCGCUGGGUCAAGCCAACACCAGCCACAGUGAGCCUGGAAUGGCCUGGAAUCGCUCCGUGCCAAAACGCUCUGCUCCUCCGCAGGGAUUUCCUUCCAGCAGGGCAAUCUACAGGGAAGAGAGAAGCAGCGCUCACUUUGUAAAGACCCCCACCUCCCCUCUGCAGUUUCAGCCCGUGUUCACCAUGAAUGGCACCGGUCAGACCAAAUCAAGCAACCAGUUCCUGGGCAGCAAAGUUGAGGUGACCAAAACAGCUACUGACGGUCCUGCAGAGACCAAAGGAAAUACAGGGUCAGAUACUGCUAACAUCACUAUGAAGGAGGCUGUGGAGUAUCUCUCCAGUGUGGAGGAAACAUAUCAGCACUGUGGCGCUUCCUACAUACAGCACAAUACUUUCAUUAACGAGAAGGCUAAAGAUGAGGUGUUGAAGUUCAAUGGAAUCCAUCCUCUGGUGGAUCUGCUGCGCAGCCAGAGCUCACCGGUCAAUGAGACGUCCUCUGCUGCCCUCCGUAACCUGUCCUUCAAAAGCAUCAGCAACAAGGAGGAGAUACAUCGCUCAGGAGGCAUCACGAAGGCUGUGGCUCUGCUCAGAGAGACAGACUCUGUGGAGACACAGACACAGCUAACAGGUCUCCUGUGGAAUUUGUCGUCUGUCGACAGCCUGAAGCCAGACCUGCUGAAGAGUGCUCUGCCUGUGCUAAUGGAGCAAGUGAUCCUGCCCUACACUAAAGGUCCCGACAGGAACAGCAGCAGCAGCCGAGACCCAGAGGUCUUCUUUAACGCCACUGCGUGUCUAAGAAACCUAAGCAGUACAAAGCAAAGCAACAGACAGGCCAUGAGGAAAUGUCGAGGUCUGGUCGACUCUCUGGUCAGUUAUGUAAAAGAGUGCGUCGAUGCAGGAAACCCAGACGAUAAGUCGGUGGAAAACUGUGUGUGCAUCCUGCACAACCUGACCUUCCAGCUGGAGGCCGAGGCUCCCGCUCUGUUCAGCAGGAUCACAGCGUUAGCCAAGACUGUCUGCAGGACCUCCAGCGAGGGCGACACCGGGCCCAUCGGCUGCUUCAGUCCGCAGAAAGAAUCCUCAGAGCACGAGCGCCACUUUGACUACCCGGUCGUUGAGGAUCCACAGCCUAAUGGCGCUGGUUUUCUGAUCCACUCCAGCACUCUGCAGAAUUACCUGUCUUUGUUAGCCACUAGUCAGCGAGAAGAAACACAGGAAGCCUGCUGCGGAGCCCUGCAGAACCUCACAACAAACGACGGCAUUGUCUCUGGUGUAAUGAGCCAGAACAUUGUGCAGAAACUGAAAGGCCUGCACGUUAUUAGUCCCCUUAUAAAAUCACCCAAAGUCAACAUACAGAGGAACACAGUGGCCUUGGUAGGAAACCUGACCAAGAACCCAAACCUGCACAUUGCCAUAGUUCAUAAAGCCCUCCCAGAGCUGCUGGGCAUCCUCAGCGCAGGCACCAAGGAAGGAAAUGAGUCCGAUGACACACUGUCCAUGGCCUGUCAGACCUCCAACUGCCUGCUUAUGAAUAAGCCUGAGAUGGGAAAGCACCUGGUAAACAGCACCCUGAUAAGUUCCCUCAACGAUCUCAGCAAAAACACACAUUUACCCAAAUCCAGCAAAUCCGCCUCCGUGCUUCUCUACAACCUGUGGUCAGACAAGGAUUUACAAGGCUUCCUGAAAAAGCAAGGGAUGAGUAAGUCCUCAUUUGUGAAUGACAUCACCGCGGCGGCACACAAGUCGGUUCAAGUCGUCGAAUGACACGAAAGCUUAAUAUCCCGGAAAGUGAUUAAAGUCACCUCAACGCAGAGGCUGAGCAGCAUCCUUCCUCAAUUCACAUGUCACACAAUACAUGUGUCUAUUAAAUGUUUCCAUCAACAUACAGUAGCUCUGACAAUGCUGCAGUUACUUUUUCUUUGUGGGGAAAAAAGGUGGAGGUUAAGAUGUUAAUUUUGUGUCUGGAUUCUGCCACAAUGUGCUUGCUUUAUUAGAUAAUAGCAUACAGGUUUAGAUGUUGUGUUUGCAUAGAGGUUGCUGUUUUUAAAUCAUGAUAUAACAUUGUGUAAAAGUCAUUUUGAUUAUGUAAAAUCAACAUGGAGAACAUUUCUCUGUAGUUGGAGUUCAUCGUUUUUAAAGAAACAGUGGCACUGUUUUAGGCAGUGAUGUGUGUUUACAUUUUGUAAUGGCAGGUUUUGUCUGUGGUUAACCACUCUUCUUUUUAUAUGUGUGUGAUCCUUAAACAUUUGUAUUGUCAUAAAUCAUGUAAUUAAUAAAGCUAGCAGACAUAUACUCUUCAAGCUGUUAAUGUUUGAUAUUAUCUGGGAUUGUGAGGUAAUUAUCAGCCAGUCACUCGUGCAGAAAUAAAUGUGUUAUUACUG